AUGAAAGUCUCGUCGGCAGUAUUGUCCUCGCUGUUGUGCGGCAUCGUGGCGGCCGAUGUCGCUGCAUUGACAAACGGCGCAGGGCAGCAAGUUCUAGGCUCAAUAUGGCCGGAAAAAGACCGGGUCAAACCAGCAAGAGCGCCUAAUUUUGUCUUUAUCAUCACCGACGACCAAGAUCUCGAGCUGGGUUCGGUGGAAUACAUGCCGCUCCUUCAGCAGCAUAUGAAAAAUAAAGGCACAUUCUUCAAAAAUCAUUUUGUGACCACAGCGCUGUGCUGUCCAUCGCGAGUGAGUCUGUGGACUGGAAAGCAGGCACAUAACACUAAUGUGACUGAUGUCAAUCCGCCAUAUGGCGGUUACCCUAAAUUCGUUGAACGUGGGUUCAAUGAAGACUUUCUUCCUGUAUGGUUACAAAACUCGGGCUAUAACACAUUCUACACGGGAAAGCUGUUUAAUUCCCAUACCGUAGGCAACUACGACAAACCCUACGUCAAUGGAUUCAACGGAUCCGAUUUUCUGCUAGAUCCAUUCACGUAUUCCUACCUUAAUUCUACCUAUCAGAGAAACCGCGAGCCUCCGGUGAGUUAUGAGGGCUAUCAUACUACCGAUAUCAUCACGGAAAAGGCUUUGGGGUUUUUGGAGGAUGGACUGGCUGGAGAUCAGCCGUUCUUUCUGGUCGUUGCGCCAAUCGCACCGCAUGCUAAUGUCGAUGGAGGCGCUCUGGGCGGCCAUGUAGUGCCGCCAGUCAUGACCGAGCCGAUUCCGUUGACUCGGCAUGAAAAUCUGUUUCAAGAUGUCAAAGUACCGCGGACGACGCAUUUCAAUCCGGACGAACCCAAUGGCGUGAGCUGGGUCCGUACGCUUCCAAAGCAGGACGAAGCCACCAUUGAUUAUAAUGAUCACUUUUACCGCCAAAGAUUGCGCGCACUACAAGGCGUCGACGAACUGGUGAGAGACGUAGUCACUCGUCUUGAAGAAAGCGACCAAUUGGACAACACCUACAUCAUUUACACUUCCGAUAACGGUUAUCACAUUGGGCAGCACCGUCUUCCCCCAGGCAAGACGUGUGGAUUCGAAGAGGACAUUAGGGUUCCAUUCUUUAUUCGGGGACCAGGUGUUGCAAAAGGCGUCGCUCAGGACGAGGUUACGACACAUAUAGAUAUUGCGCCGACCUUGUUGAAACUGGCUAAUAUUCCGUUGCGUGAUGACUUGGACGGAACGCCGAUACCUGUACAUCCAAACGGCAAUGAUACCCGACACGAACAUGUUACAGUAGAAUUCUGGGGGCGCUCAUAUCACGAGGGGGAGAAGGGAGCUAUAGGCAACUCACCAAUAGUGCCGAACAACACAUACAAAUCCGUCCGGUUACUAGGUGAUGGAUUUGACUUGUAUUACUCCGUGUGGUGUACCAACGAACAUGAGCUCUACGAUCUUACAACCGAUCGCUAUCAAACAAACAAUCUUUACAACAAUAUUAACUCUUCUGAAGUUUCGAUACAGGGAUUUGAACUCCCUAAAAUUAUCAGUCGACUCGACGCACUGCUUCUAGUCCUGAAAUCUUGCAAAGGCGAUACAUGUAUCCAUCCAUGGAAGACUCUUCAUAGCGAUGGGGACGUAUCAUCUCUCAGGGACGCUCUACACCAGACGUAUGAUGUCUUUUAUCAGUCCCAGCCAAAUGUGUCAUUUAGUCGCUGCGAGUUGGGACAGAUCCUAGAUGCAGAGGGACCGCAGGAGGGGCUUGUAUACCGCGAUGGGCUGAGCUGGGACGUUUGGACUUGA